AUGAGACUUUUGAGAAUUCUGCUGAUUGUCUACCAGACAAUUGACGCUGAAUUUACGUUCUACGAUCUUUCUCGCAUCAACCGAGAAUGCAGAAAAACUCAGCUAGCAAAAAUCUUCGCGCUAGAUAAUCCUUAUGAAUUUGGCAGUCCCUUCAGACGAGUUUCAAAAACGUGCCAGGCUGUGACAAGAUAUGUUUCUGCUUAUUACCUAGACAACACAACUUUGCCCUGGCUGAAAAUCAACCCCGAAAAAGAGGCACCAACAGCCGACGAAAUCGCAGAAAUGAUCGCCAAAGAAAUGGAAAAGAAUCAGAAUAUCUAA